GCCGCCGCUCUGCCCUGCCGGCUCACCCGAGCUUGGCUCCGCGCGGGGGCUGCGGGGAGGGGGCGUGGAGGAGGAGCCGAGGAGCCGCGUAGCUGGGAGGAAGCAUUCAGGUUCUGGGAACACACCGUGGGAAAUGCUCAGUUAGUUAUGUACUCACGCCAUGCUUCCGAGGCCUCAACUCUCAAAUCCCAAAUCUGAUUUCCGUUGUCCUGAAAGACAUCCUGGCUUUUCAGAAGUUCCUUGUGGAGUCCCACUGGAUGUCUCACCAGACCCCUCCAUCAUGUUUGAGUCUCAGAAAGUGGAGUUCCAGAAACAUACCUGAAAUUAUGCCCUAAGUCAGAGGAACCAGAGGGCCCACCAGUUCUUCCUCUACCUCUCUUUCCAGGAGCAGCCAUGGCCCUGAGUGAUGUCGAUGUGCAAAAGCAGAUCAAGCACAUGAUGGCUUUCAUUGAGCAGGAAGCUAAUGAGAAGGCCGAAGAAAUAGAUGCCAAGGCUGAGGAAGAGUUCAACAUUGAGAAAGGACGCCUUGUGCAAACCCAGCGACUGAAGAUUAUGGAGUAUUAUGAGAAGAAAGAGAAGCAGAUAGAGCAGCAGAAGAAAAUCCAGAUGUCUACCAUGAGGAAUCAGGCAAGGCUGAAAGUCCUGAGAGCCCGAAAUGACCUCAUCUCAGAGCUGCUGAAUGACGCAAAGCUGAGACUCAGCCGGAUUGUGACAGACCCAAAAUUUUACCAGGGGCUGCUGGAUAAACUAGUGCUCCAGGGUCUGCUACGACUGCUGGAGCCUGUGGUGAUCGUACGCUGCAGGCCACAGGACCACCUCCUGGUGGAGGCUGCAGUGCAAAGAGCCAUCCCCCAGUACACCUCAGUCUCCCACAGAUGUGUGGAAGUUCAAGUUGACAAAGAGGUGCAACUGGCUGCAGACACAACUGGAGGUGUGGAGGUCUACAGUAGCGAUCAGAGAAUAAUGGUUUCUAAUACUCUGGAAAGUCGGCUGGAUCUCUUAUCUCAACAAAAGAUGCCAGAAAUACGAAAGGCCUUGUUUGGAGCCAAUGCCAACAGGAAGUUUUUUGUAUAAGCCUCUGGAAAGUGAAGCUCCUGUUGAACUUCUAAGCCGUAAAAGUAUAACUUAUUAGGGCAAAGCAAACUGGUAAUAUCUCCUCCUCUGUUUUGCCCUGGGAUUAGUCUAACUUUAUGAAAUACUCUCUGACUAGCUAAAGGCGUUAUACUUUGGAAUAAAG